AUGUGGAAUCCACUUCUUCGCCAUGCAUGGAAACCUCUACUAUUUCCCACGAAGGGCGUUCCCUUCUUACCAGCCGAAUCGAGGAUCGAAGAAGAGACUAUCCCCGGCUAUGUUGCAUCACGAUACUAUCCAGUCCGAAUCGGAGAAAUCUUUCAGGAUCGCUACCAGAUUGUGGGUAAAUUGGGAUAUGGGAUUUCUUCAACCGUUUGGCUAGCGCGAGAUACAGAUGAAUGCCAACAUGUCGCGCUCAAAGUCCACAUCCACGACGAAGCGAUGGGAUACGCACUGAACACGGAGCUGGACGUCUACAAGCGAAUCGAAAAAUCACCAAGGCACCAUCCAGGCCGCCGCGCAGUGCGGAAUUCCCUCGACUCUUUUCAUGUCGAUGGGCCCAGUGGACGGCACAUUUGUUUGGUGCAUCCACCGUUGUGGGAAAGUCUGCUGAAUAUCAAACAUCGCAACGACGUAGGAAGACUUCCGGCAGAAGUUCUGGCUUUGGUGCUGAAGCGCUUGUUUCAUGCCUUGAUGCUCCUACACGAGGAAUGCCAUGUGGUCCAUACGGAUAUCAAAGAAGCCAAUAUUCUGCUCGGUGCCGACUCGUCUGUGUUGGCUGAGUUUGAGGCCGAAGAACUCAAUAAGCCUAGUCCCAGGAAAGAAGUUGAUGGAAGUAUCAUCUACCAGACUCGGAGAUUAGGCAUGCCGAGAAAUUUCGGAGCGCCGGUGCUGUGUGACUUUGGCUCGGCGGUACCAUUGGAUGAUGGGCGAGAGCAUCUUGAAGACAUUCAGCCCGAUGUAUAUCGGGCACCAGAAGUCAUUCUGGACAUUCCGUGGACAUACAGCGUGGACAUCUGGAACGUAGGAUGCAUCAUAUGGGACGCCUUCGAAGGCGAGCACCUCUUCACAGGCCGAGACCACGAAAUCGGAACCUAUCGAUCAAGAGCUCAUCUCGCCGAGAUCAUCGCCCUGCUUGGUCCUCCGCCUGCAAUUCUUCUUGCCAGGGCAAAUUUGAGGAGUAAGUUCUUCUCUGAACAAGGCGAAUUCGUCGCGAGUGGUCCCCUUCCCGCUCCGAGACCGCUCGAGCAACGGGAGACGUCUAUUCAGGGCGGAGGUGAUGUCGAGGACCGUGAGUGCUUCCUUCGCUUUAUGCGGAAGAUGUUGCAAUGGGAGCCGGAAAAGCGGAGUACGGCUAGAAGGCUGGCGGACGAUGAGUGGAUUUUGAAGCAUACCUGACGAGACGAGCUUUGAGCACCGGACUUGUGCGUGCUACUGACUAUUGUAGACAUGACGCCUGACGUCUCCAAUGACCGAUGUUUAGUGCGAAUGGCGGAUGAUCGAGCUGCUCGGUCUUGUCUCAUCUACUGGACGCUUGCCAUGAUGCAGCUCAGGCUCCGACAUAGUCGAGUUCGCUUCCUUCACUUGGAUAGUAUGCGAGCACGCGGACGCCCCUACGACGUCUGGUUGACGCCUCGCCGAUGUCAGACAGGCACUCGUUUG